UCUUUCGUUUGUUUCCAAAAACAGUGAAAAACUGAUGAAAGUCUAGGACUUUUCAGCUCACCCUUCUUCAAUCAAAGAAGACCACUUUUCUGAUAUUUUUCUUAUUUUUUGAAACCCCAAAAACUUACCUGUUCAUGGAUCCCAAGGGCUCAAAGAAUCCGCAACAUCAACAACAACAACAACAACAACAUCAAGUUUCCAACUUCUUACAACAACAACAGCCUCAACAAGAAGUAAACAUGGGUGAAAAUAAGCCUGCGGAGAUCAAAGAUUUCCAGAUUGUUAUAGCUGACAAAGAAGAAGCCAACAAGAAACAGUUGGCUCCCAAGAGAAGUUCUAAUAAAGACAGGCAUACGAAAGUUGAAGGCAGAGGGAGAAGAAUUAGGAUGCCUGCUUUAUGUGCUGCAAGAAUCUUUCAGUUAACGAGGGAAUUGGGUCACAAAUCUGAUGGUGAAACUAUUCAGUGGCUAUUACAACAAGCUGAACCUUCCAUAAUUGCCGCUACUGGUACUGGAACCAUUCCUGCUUCUGCUUUGGCGGCUGCUGGUGGCUCAGUUUCUCAACAAGGUACCUCUCUAACUGCUGGUUUACACCAAAAGAUGGAUGAUUUAGGAGGGUCCAGUAUUGGGGGCUCUAGUAGGACCAGUUGGUCAAUGGUUGGUGGUAAUUUAGGAAGGUCUCAUCAUGUAGCCACUGGGUUAUGGCCCCCAGCUGUAAGUGGCUUUGGCUUCCAGUCUUCUUCUUCUGGUCCUUCAACACCAAAUUUAGGGAGUGAAAGUUCAAGUUAUUUACAAAAAAUGGGAUUCCCUGGAUUUGAUUUACCGGGUACUAACAUGGGUCCUAUGAGUUUUACCUCUAUUUUGGGUGGUGCUAGUAACCAGCAGUUACCUGGUUUGGAGCUUGGGUUGUCUCAAGAUGGUCAUACUGGGGUUUUGAAUCCUCAAACUUUGACUCAAAUUUAUCAACAGAUGGGUCAGGCUAGGAUGCACCAGCAACAGCAGCAUCAGCAACAACCUCCUCCUCAUAAGGAUGAUUCUCAAGGCUCAGGGCAGUAGAUUCAAGGACUAGCAUUGUUGAGACUUGAGAGGCUGAGGUGUUUUUUCUUUGUAAUGGUUUAAAUAUUGUAUAAUUUGGGAAAAGAGAAAAAAAAAAUUGAUACUUGAGAGAGAAUUCAAUAGGGACUGGAUUUGGUUUCCCCCUUUCUCUUUGAUCUUCUUCACUGCAUCAUCAUCAUCCCCAAGUCUCCCCAUACAGGUGCUGCCUUUGGGUUCUUUUGGCUCUUCAUUUUUUUUUUUAAUUUUUUUUAUAAAUUGUACAUAGGUGUUAAUUGUUGUAGUGUUGGUUUUGGUAUGGAAUGUGCAGGUGAAAUUAUUCACAUCCAAAUAUCUUGGGUUUGGGCUUAACUUCUUGUUUAAUCAGAGGUGUGUUGAUUAUAGUGUAAGUCAUCUUUGAUUAUUUUUUCUUUUUUUUUUUUUUAUGUAGGUCUGGUUGGAGUGCCUAUCAGUUUGUUUGUUAAUUUAAACAUACAGUUAUAUAGUCAUACUUGACAAGUUUCUUUUCAGA